AUGUCCACAAAGAAGAAAAUACCACGCAAAGCUAAAAAGGGAAAAGGCAAGGUUUUGGUACCUAAAUGGAAAUUAUUCAGAGCAAAGGAACCGUUAUUGUCAGUUUUCAUGUGGGGAGUCAACCACUCAAUCAGUGAAUUAAUGCACGUACCUCCACCAGGGUUGUUAAUGCCCGAUGAUUUCAAAGCUUCCAUUAAAAUCAAAAUCGAUAACCAUUUUUUCAAUAAAGAUAAUAUGCCGAGUCAUUUCAAAAUUAAAGAUUAUUGUCCUAACGUAUUCCGAAAUCUUCGUGAGCAUUUCGGUGUUGAUCAGAACGAGUAUUUGCGAUCGCUUACAUAUGGUGAACCAGAGCCGGAGUUAGAUCAGGUUGAUAAGAGUGGACCACGUUUGUUUGUUUCUUAUGAUAAGAAAUUUGUAAUAAAAUCAAUGGAUUCUGAAGCAGUUGCUGAACUGCAUUCUAUACUUCGAUCCUAUCAUGAGUAUGUGGUAGAAAAACACGGAAAAACAUUAUUGCCACAAUUUCUGGGUUUAUAUCGUCUUACUGUUGAUGGCAGUGAAACGUACUUCAUUGUUAUGCGUAAUAUUCUUGGUCGAAAAUAUAUGGUACAUCGUAAAUAUGAUUUAAAGGGUUUACAGGGAUCAACUGUCCAGCGACAGGCAACUGACAAAGAGAAAGCGAAAGAAUUACCGACACUUAAAGAUAAUGAUUUUUUGGAAGAUAAGUAUAAAUUAGUGCUACCGGCAGAUGCACGUGAAAAACUGGUUUCAAUGUUGCGAGAUGAUACUGAGUUCUUAGCAAGAAUGCACUUGAUGGACUAUUCACUGCUUGUUGGAAUUCAUGAUCUUGUUAGAGGUGAACAGGACACUGCAGCUCAUCAGCUAGCUGCUGAACCAUCUGAAGGGGAAAACUCCGGAGAUGAACUUGCCCCUACACCACCAGAUUCACCACUUCCUUCAACCGGUGCAUUUGCACCGAUUCUGUCUGGUGGACCUGAUCUUGAUGAUGAGUUCUAUGCUAUACCUAGUAGUCCAGAAAGCGAUAAACGCUUAAUAUAUUUUAUUGGUCUCGUCGACAUACUCACUUAUUAUGGAGUGAAAAAGAAAACUGCCUCAGCUGCUAAAGCUGUAAAGUAUGGCUCUGAUGCCGAUAAUAUAUCGACGGUUAAACCUGAUCAGGUACGAAUUUCUCUUAAAUAUGCAAUGUCAAAAGUAGACAUAAGAAACAAGAAAAUUUUAGAUCACCAGUCUAUGCUAAAAGAACUUCAGAUUGAAAUUGUCAUUAUUAGUUCCCAUUAUUAA